AUGACGGCCUCCCAGCCCCGCAAAAAAUGGUACCAAAUUCAAUGGUUCGCCGAUCAAGAUACCAAAGAGGAGCGACGACUCAUCUUUAAAUUAGAUCUCCUUAUCGUUCCUUAUGCAUUUCUAGCUUAUUGGACUAAGUACAUCGAUCAAUCCAAUAUUAACAAUGCCUACGUUUCCGGACUCAAAGAGGACCUCAACCUCCAUGGAAAUGAGCUCGUCCACCUACAGACAAUGUACACAGUUGGCGCAGUUGUUGGUCAGAUCCCAUUCGCCUAUCUCUUCACUAGGUUUCCCAUGUCAUGGUUGAUUCCGUUCAUGGAUAUCAUGUGGGGUAUCUUCACUCUGCUCCAGUAUCGAGUGAACUCGUACUCAGAAUUAAUGGCUUAUCGGUUCCUGGUCGGUUGGUUCGAGGCUGCCUUCUUCCCCGGCAUGCAUUACAUCUUCGGAGCAUGGUACAGAGGUGAUGAGAUUUCCCGCCGAGGCGGCAUCUUUUACGUCGGCCUCACCCUCGGCACACUAACAUCCAGCCUAAUCCAAGCCGGCACGUCUGCCCGCCUAGACGGUGUCCACGGCCUCGCCGGCUGGCGCUGGAUGUACAUAAUCUGUGCGAUAAUCACCAUCCCAAUCGGCAUCCUAGGCUACUUCGUGCUCCCAGGCACGCCAGAAAGGCCUAACAAGAUCGUCCUCUCAACCAAAGACAUCACCCUCAGCAAAGCGCGCCUCCAACGCUCCGGCCACGCCACCUCCAACGACCCCUUCACCCUCUCCACCCUUCACUCCCUGCUCAAGAACAAAAUCGUCUGGGCCCUCCUCCUCCUCGACAUCUUCUUCUGGAACUCCAGCAUCAACACCUCCUCCGGCGGCUACCUCCUUUGGCUCAAAAGCCUGAACCGCUUCUCAACCAGUCGCGUCAACGAGCUGGGCUCUAUAUCCCCCGCCCUCGGCAUCUUCUACACCCUCUUCGUCUGCUUCGCGUCCGAUCUCCUCCUCGGCCCGGCGUGGGCCAUUACCGUCGCCCAUGUGUGGAAUAUCAUUGGACUGGUCAUUCUCGUGGUGUGGGAUGUCAAGGAGAGCGCCCUCUGGUUUGCGUUCAUUACGACCUACUCCGCGGUAGCCAUGUCCAGUGUCUUGUAUGGCUGGGUGAAUACCUUGCUCCGGUAUUCGCCUGUGCAGCGCGCUGUCACGCUCGUUGUGCUUAAUACUGUUGCUCAGUCUACGACGGCGUGGACGCCGUUGCUUGUUUUUAAGACGGUUGAGGGGCCCCGUUUUACGAAGGGGUAUUCGUUUGUGCUUGCUAAUGCGAUUUGUUUGAUUGGGCUAGCGCAUGGCAUUGGAUAUGCGGGGUCGAGCACUGUCCGUAAACCUCAGCAGACAAAUAAAUACAGAUGA